AUGGCAAGCGACGCUUUGAGUGCUAUUUUCAGUAACGCUUCUAGAAAGGGGGUUCAGCCUUCUACAUCUAUUGUGUCGUAUACAGAUACUAAAAAGAACGAUAUUAUAGAUGUCGAAAAUGGGAAAUUUAACAAGAAUAAAAACAUUAAUACAAACGUUUAUGUCGACAAUUCUUCGAUAGAGGAGAGUGAGGUCGAUCCUUUGCCCGACACAAAAUCCAUUUGGAGCAAAAUUUACUAUGAUUUUAUUGUCUUGGACAAGACAACAUUGAACGUUUCGCUGAAGAAUUCCUUUUUAUAUAACAGAGACUUGAAACCGGUUGAAGAAGAGAGAAGGUGUUGGUCUUGGUUCAAUUAUUUAUAUUUCUGGCUGGCAGAUUGUUUCAAUAUCAACACAUGGCAAAUCGCUGGUACGGGUCUGCAAAUGGGUCUGAACUGGUGGCAAUGUUGGCUAACAGUUUGGAUCGGUUAUACUUUUGCCGGUAUCUUCGUUGUCCUGAAUUCAAGAUUUGGUUCCGCCUACCAUUUGUCCUUUCCCAUUACUGUAAGAGCCUCGUUUGGUAUCUUCUUCUCCAUGUGGCCAAUCAUAAAUCGUGUCGUGAUGGCUAUUGUGUGGUAUGCAGUGCAAGCGUGGUUAGGCGCUACUCCUGUGGCACUGAUGCUAAAAUCUAUUUUUGGCAAGCAUUUAGAAGAUAGAAUUCCAAAUCAUUUUGGUUCUCCAAAUAGUACUACUUUCGAAUUCAUGUGUUUCUUCAUAUUUUGGGUGAUCAGCAUACCAUUUGUUCUGGUGGCUCCUCAUAAAAUUAGGCAUUUGUUCACAGUGAAAGCAGCUUUAAUUCCCUUUGCAGCUUUUGGGUUUUUAAUUUGGGCUUUAAAGAAGUCACACGGAAAAAUUGAACUGGGAACACUAAACGAUUACUCACCUCAUGGUUCUGAAUUUUCGUGGAUAUUCGUUAGAUCCUUAAUGGCCUGCAUUGCCAAUUUUGCUGCUUUGAUUAUCAACGCUCCUGAUUUUGGUAGAUUUGCCAAAAAUCCUCAAGCAUCUCUGUGGCCGCAAAUGGUUGCCAUCCCAUUAUUCUUUGCUAUUACUUGUUUAAUUGGUAUCAUCGUUACCGCGGCCGGUUAUCACUUAUAUGGAGUCAACUAUUGGUCACCCUUGGAUGUCCUUGGUCAAUUUUUGGAAACAACCUACACAAGAGGUACUAGGGCAGGUGUCUUUUUGAUUUCCUUCGUGUUUGCCUUAGCUCAAUUGGGUACAAAUAUUUCGGCUAAUUCGUUAGCAUGUGGUGCGGAUAUGACAGCUUUAUUUCCAAGGUAUAUUAAUAUUAGAAGAGGUUCCUUAUUCUGUGUCGGAAUGGCUCUAUGUAUCUGUCCAUGGAACCUGAUGGCCAGUUCGAGUAAGUUCACCAGUGCCCUAGGUGCUUAUGCGAUUUUCCUUUCUAGUAUUGCUGGUGUCAUUUGCGCAGAUUAUUUCAUAGUCAGAAGAGGGUAUAUAAAAUUAACACAUUUAUUCCUCGCGCAGAAAGGCUCUUUCUACAUGUUUGGAAAUAAAUUUGGUGUCAAUUGGAGGGCUCUUGUUGCGUACAUUUGCGGUAUAGCACCAAAUUUACCUGGUUUUAUAGGUGAUGUUGGCGCUCCAAAAAUAACAGUGUCAGACGGUGCAAUGAAAAUUUAUUAUUUGGGUUAUCCAGUGGGGUUUUUUAUUAGUGCAGUAAUUUACACCACAUUAUGUUACUUUUUCCCAGUUCCUGGUAUUCCAGUCACUAAUUUUCUCACAGAGAAGGGUUGGUUUCAAAGAUGGGCUUAUGUCGAGGACUUCGAACAAGAUUGGAAGAACGAGCUACGUAGAGAAGAUCUAUGCGAUGAUACGAUCAGUAUUUAUGAUAUUAGCGACGAAAAGAUAGUUUAUUGA